AUGGCUUCGAGAAAGCAGCAGUAUUCGUCGUUGAAGCUGCCUUACGAGUUAGUAGAAGAGAUACUAUACAGGAUUCCGAUCGAAGCUUUGUUACGAUUCAAAUCGGUAAGCAAACAAUGGUACGCUCUCUUCAACGACAGGAAGAGAUACAUGUACACACACUUGGAUCUCUCCAAGGAUCGAAUCAUGCUAGUUGAUAAAAAGUCGUUUCAACUCUCAGAUCCUGAGACCAAAGCUUUCUUAUUACAACCAACCCCACACGAGUUACACAAUUGUAACGUUUUGAGAACGUUCCACUGCGACGGAUUGUUGCUAUGUGAGUGUUUGCAGAAAGGUAGUUGCUAUGGUAGUAGAAAGCUCGCAGUUUGGAAUCCGGUUUUGAGUCAAGUGAAAUGGAUCGAACACUCGAAUCCUUACAGAAAUCUGGAUGUCUACGGUUUUGGAUACGACAAUGUAUCCCGUGACAACUACAAGAUCUUGAGGAUCAGCAACAAAGACGUUUUUAAAAUCAAAGGCAAAUCAUCAGAGGUUGAGAUAUAUGAGUUCAAGUCUAAGCUAUGGAGAAGUGUUGUCGUUGAUGCUACUCUCGAAUGCGAGCCCCCGUGGACAUAUGCGUCUAUGAAUGGAAACAUGUAUUGGGUCAACUCCAGAAUCUUCAUCCAAAGUUUUGAUUUCUCCACAGAAACAUUCAAGACCCUAUGUUGUGUUCCAGAUGGAGUUGAGUGGUUUAGUUCUGAUCAUAGUUCAUUAGUCUUGUCAGGUUUCGGAAGAGAGAGGCUUUCUUUGUUACAACGAAAUGAACAUGUGAAGAUUGAUGUGUGGGUUACAAACAAGGUGACUGAUGAUGGGAUUGUCUCGUGGAGCAAGUACUUUAAUGUAUCUAUCCCUGAUCCCCCAACAUUAAGCCCCAGUCUCUUUAAUAGAUGUUGUUCGAAAUACCUCGUCGUCAAGACCAAUAAGAUCUUGUUAUGGUGUGAGGAUGUCGAUGAGAGAUAUGUCUACACCAAUGUCUACGAAAUGGGUGUUGAGGGUCUGACCAAGAAACAAGUUGAGAUGACAGAACGAGCUAGAUGGGAUGAUUACGAAAAACCUUGUGUGUCUUGUGUGUUUGUUCCAAGUCUUGUUCCGGUUCCAGAAUAA